UCAUGCCCACAUUUCCCUGGUUACUAUAAAAGUAAAGCUUGAAAUGAGAAAUUUACAAUAUCAGCUAAGCACCUAGUUGCCAUUGUUCGAGUUAAGAGUCCUCCAAUCCUCCAAUCAGAAAUCAGCCUCGCCCGAUAAAAAUAUGGCAAGCCCAGUGGACACAGAUGGAAAAGACAAUGGAUCAGAAACCUAUCUUACGGCAGAAGAAGUUGAUGCUAUAGCAACAGGUGAAGAGCCUUACAUGAAGCUGUCUGUUACAUGGACCACUGGAAAAGGAAAUAGCUUGAAGAAUGUCUACGAAAUGAGCUACAUUAGCACCGAGAACUUCGAGCUGCUGUAUCCGACAAAGAAACAGCAUGGAAAUAUAUCCGAUGUUAUGAAGAUGGUGAAGCUCGCAAAACAAGGAGCUAGCGAUCAACACGGCUACGUUAUCUCAAAUACGGUGGUCAAAGAUACGUAUCUUCAAGUCACUGAGGAAAAAGUGCGCUCAAAGAAGCGUGCUGUAAGGUUUACCGCACCAAAGGAAAUCGAGGGACAAGUAUUUUAUCAAAGCCAGCUCUUCAAACGUCACCAUCAUCCAGGCUCUGAGACGAAAUUUGCUCUGUACGUGAGUGCCACUGACAGCAAAGGCCACAACAAAUUCUACUACCUGAAGCCUGAGUCAGGUACCAUUGUGGCUGAAGAGAGCAGCUCACCAGACGGCUACUACUACUUCUCUAUGAGCAAAGCUGACAAGAAGUAUUCGUACAUUGAAAAUGCGGAGGGAGAGGAGUAUUGCCAUGCACUACAAAUACUGACUCAUUCUCUUUCUGACCCAGCUGUUGAUGCUCAAUUUUGGAUACAAUUUAAAGGCCCUCUCACAAUACGACAGAUACAAGAUAAGGUUAAAGAACAAAAUUUUUUUUUCGACAUUGGGGGUACAUCACAACUCACCUACUUGGACACCGAAAAUAAUGUAUUGAAGUUUGAAGCUUUUCCAGGGACAACUGAUCUAUCAGUUGUAAUGCAGAUACAUCAGCCAGAUUCAGAAAGACUGGAGUAUGUCUUGUCAACCAUGGUGCGUCCAAAAGAAUACUUGACGAUAACCAAAGCCAACUUUGGCAAAACCAGUGGUGGUAAAGAUGAAAAACUGGUCAAAUUUGAGCAUUAUGCAGACAUCAAAGAUAUUCCCAAAUGGCAACUGAGAGCUAGUCCUCUUAACAAAAAACGGAUCGGAUUCGUAUAUACAACAAAGGAUGGAGGGAGCUACUGUUUGCAUCCCAGCUUCUUUCAGAAGAAUCAAAUUGUUGGGACAAGAUCUGAUUCCUUCCCAUUCAGAGUUUACAACAUUAUCAGCAUACCUGAUUUAUCAAACAAAUAAAGAUUUGAACUGUAUUGUUAUAGUUGUCACCUGUUGAAAACAGUGCCAUAAAAUAUUUUCAUCAUCAGUAAUGCUUUUGUGAAAUCAUUAAGUAUUUUGUGCUGUCAAUUGUAGAGAACAUUUAGAAUCAAAAAGGGA